AUGGAUCCCCAAGUGGUUGCUUCACCCCCAUCCAAUGAUCAACUCGGUGGCGCCUCACACACUCCGGACAACAUGGAGACUGCCAAUCCUACUCAAUACGACCACCACUUCUUCAAGAAAGUGCCACACGGUGCGGAAGCGGUGAAUAUUUUGGUAGGGGAGACGUGCUUUCUGCGUCAUCCGGUCGCGGCCUUUGUGCGUCUACGCGAGGCCUGUCGGCUGGGCGAGAUGACCGAGGUGCCGGUGCCCACACGUUUCAUGUUCAUCCUCCUCGGCACCGCAGGCAACGGGGCAAAGUACCAGCAGAUUGGACGGGCCAUGGGAACCCUCUUCUCCGAUGAGAUUUUCCUCGAUUAUGCAACUCGGAGCACAUCUCGCAACGAUCUGUUAGCGGGAAUUGACGAGUUUCUAAGUGCCUCCUCCCUUCUGCCGCCGGCCCAAUGGCAUCACACCUCGCGUAUUGAACCGCCGCACGAACCGCCCUCCCAGGAGAAUCGCAAAGCGGCUGCAGUCGCUGCUGCUACAAACAGUGCUGCCCCAACGUCUGUCCAACAACAACAACAACAACAACCCGAAACUCACACAUCAUCGCGCCAUUCUAUCUUGCCUAAGAUGCGUCACCGCCGUCACCACCACAAGAAUGCUCGUCCGGAGUCGCUGGGCAUUACGGAGGCGGCAGCUACAAUAGCAACUGCCGUGGCGCCUGGAGCGCACGGUGGUGACGGGAGCGGUGGAAGAGACUCGUCUUUCUCCGCCUCACUAUCAAAAGAUGCCAUCUCCGUGGAGAGUGGGGAGAUGGGCGGAGGGGGAGGGGUGGAGGAGUUUGAUCGAAACAACGAUCCUGCGCUGAUGAGGACGGGACGUCUCUUCGGUGGUCUAAUUAACGACAUCAAGCGUCGGGCGCCUUCAUAUCUAUCCGACUAUACGGACGCGCUACACAUUCAGUGCUUCGCUAGCUUCUUCUUCCUCUACUUCGCCUGUCUCACUCCCAUCAUCACCUUUGGAGGCCUGCUCUCCAACGUCACUGGUGGCUAUCUGGGCACAAUGGAGUCAAUUGUCUCGGGUGCUGUUGUGGGUAUCCUCUACGCCCUCUUUGCUGGCCAACCGCUAACAAUCAUGGGUAGCACCGGUCCCGUUCUUAUCUUUGAAAGCAUCAUCUAUCGCCUGUGCGAAUCAAACCGUUGGUCCUAUCUCUCCUUCCGUUUCUGGAUUGGCAUGUGGGUCACAUUAAUCCUCUUCAUCAUGGUUACCUUCGAUCUCUCCGCUCUGGUUCGGUUUAUUACUCGCUUCACGGAGGAGUCCUUCGCUCUUCUUAUUGCGUUAAUUUUCAUCUUUGAGGCCAUCAAGAAGACCUACUCGAUCGCCUACAAAUAUCCUGUCAAUCUUCGAUGGAGGCCCUUCUUCGCGCCUCCGAAUAAUUGCACUUGCAUAAAAACGAGCAACUUCACAGAUGCAGAAUUGCUGGAAUAUGCACGUGAGAAGUACCCAAUCCUCGACUUGCCCUUCGUCGGGACCAAUGACACGGACGCGCACCAUCACCUCAACGAGAAUGGGACAAUCGACUGGGACAAACUGAAUAAAAAUUACUACAGUUGGGAAUCAAUGGAGGCCCAACGACAAUGCGAGAUCCUUCGCGGCACGUGGAGUGACAAGGCGUGCAAAGGAUUCUACUCCCCGGAUAUCUUCUUCUUCUGUAUCCUCCUGGCUCUUUUCUGCUUCUUCCUCUCCUAUGGUCUGCGAAGUCUGCGGAAUUCACGUUUCUUUCCGUCUCGUGUCCGUUCUUUGAUUUCGGACUUUGCGGUGCUCAUUGCCAUCGUUAUUUGCAGUCUCAUCGACUUCUUUUGCGGUCUCCACACACCAAAGCUCCUCGUGCCUGCCACAUUUGAACCCACACUCGGUUACAAUAAACGUGGUUGGAUAAUUUCACCCUUCAAUGGGAAUCCCUGGUGGUCCGCUCUGGUUGCCGCUGGUCCUGCUCUUCUGGCGGUUAUUUUGGUCUUCAUGGAUCAACAGAUCACCGCUGUCAUUGUCAAUCGACGCGAAAAUAAACUGAAGAAGGGACCCGGUUACCACCUCGACCUGUUGAUAGUGACAAUCACGAUAGCGGUCAACUCAAUACUCGGCAUUCCCUGGUUCGUGGCAGCCACCGUGCUGUCCAUUAAUCACGUGAUUUCUUUAAAAAAAGAAUCCGAAUCGGCAGCACCGGGUGAGCGGCCCAUCUUUCUGGGGUGUCGAGAACAACGUGUCACGGGAUUUUUCAUCUUCCUCUUCAUUGGUCUCUCUGUCUUCAUGUCCUCCAUCCUUCGCCGCAUCCCCAUGGCAGUGCUUUACGGUGUCUUCCUCCUCAUGGGUAUCACCUCGCUGAACGGUCUCCAACUGAUGGAGCGCGUUGGACUCUUCUUCACACCAGCCAAAUACCAACCUGACUACACCUAUCUGCGUCAUGUGCGUUUGGGUCGGGUUCACUUAUUCACGGUCAUACAGGUGUUGUGCCUUAUCCUCCUCUACGUCAUCAAAUCUGUUCCUCAAAUCUCCAUCCUCUUUCCUCUGAUGGUGCUUGCAAUGUGCUUUGUGCGUCGUGCGCUCGAUUUUAUCUUCACCCAAGAAGAACUGUACUGGCUUGACGACAUUCUUCCCGACAGUUCGUGUUCUCGCAAUCGCAAGGCUAUUUCCACCGGCCCCGAUCGUCGGUAUCCUUCCACCAACGACUUCAGUAGCAAGGAUUCCCUGCCGCUCUCACAGCCUAUAAUGCUUAACACGGAGGAAAAGCCUUUCAGUGUUAGUGAGGAGGUCUCGAAGACACUGAUUUGGCGACAACUCUCGGGCAUUGGAUUGGUCGAUCAAGGCGGUGAUGAUGAGAGUAGGAAAAGUCGACGUGACCGCAAGAAGAAGGAGAAGCGACGUCACCAUCGCAGUGGUGGCGGUGGUGGCUACAGCAGCGGCAACGAGACGAGUGAUUCACAUCGCGGCAGCGGUAGCGGUGGUGGUGGUCGGUUCCGUGCUCUGCGUCUCUUUAGUAGUGACUUUGAUGGAGCUAUUGGGCGUGAUAUUGCCGUUCUCUUCCAUGCCAACGAGACGGAAUCGGCGGGAGGGGGAGCAAGUGCAACAGCGACUACACCACCGCCACCUCCUUCUACUGCUACUACUACCACUACUGUUACUACUCCUCAUCUGCCGGCACCGGAGAUAAAGAUUAAUCCACCAUCUCACCAAACAUCACCAUCGGCUUCACGACGAAAUUCGGGUCAGAAGUCGGGAGUGUGGACCUGUCUGGUUCCAGUCGGGCUGGGUGCUUUUAAGCGUGGGGGCCUCAGUGUGGUGAACGCUUGA